GGUAGGCCCUGCUGUUUUUCUAACUCUAGUUCAAUCCUACACUGCCGUCUCAACCAAAACAAGGCGCAAGAAAAUCCCCCUCCUGGACGGCAAAUAACCGAGGGUUGGAUAGGCAUUGCCAUUGGAUUGGAGUUACUUUGUUUGGAAUUAAAACGCUCAAUGACAAUCUACAAGAGCCCUUCUGCAACUUUUCCAACCUAAAGAAGAUUUAAGAGCAGAUUUACAGUGGUUCAGGAGCGUGGCUGCUAUUACAGAAAUAAUGACAUGAGUAGUGCUAACAUGUGGUGCCUCCAGUCUCACACCCGACUGAAAGCACACACACCCCACAGGGACCCACAGCAGGCCUUUCUACCUUGACCUCAGAAUCCUCUGAUUGACCCCGCACACGAAAACAUUCAUAUUCACACGCACCUUCUGUCUUGCCCACGAUUGUCCUCAUCCUACAUCCUGUGGCAAGCUUUUCUCUUCCUUCCUUAGAGCAAGCACGCCUGAAGGUUAAUGUACAAAUGUCUACCUCACGCUUAAAGAUCCUCUCUCUACAACUGCGACCCUGAACACACUACAAAAAUGACCUCCAGCAUAGACCGGGAUGACAGCAGUAUCUUUGAUGGGUUGAUGGAAGAAGAUGAGAAGGACAAAGCAAAAAGAGUAUCUAGGAACAAGUCGGAAAAGAAGAGGCGAGACCAGUUCAAUGUGCUCAUCAAGGAACUGGGCACCAUGUUGCCGGGAAACACCCGCAAGAUGGACAAGUCUACCAUCCUACAAAAGAGCAUCGACUUCCUGCGCAAGCACAAAGAAAUUGCUGCGCAGUCUGAGUCAAGUGAAAUCCGUCAGGACUGGAAGCCGCCCUUCCUUAGCAAUGAGGAGUUCACACAGCUGAUGCUGGAGGCUUUAGAUGGCUUCUUUCUGGCCAUCAUGACGGACGGCAACAUAAUCUACGUCUCAGAAAGCGUUACGUCUUUAUUAGAACAUCUACCUUCUGAUCUUGUGGAUCAGAAUCUGUUGAAUUUCCUCCCACUUGGUGAGCAUUCGGAGGUGUAUAAAGCCCUGUCCACACACAUGCUGGAAGGAGAGACCCUCACCCCAGACUAUCUAAAGACAAAGAACCAGUUAGAGUUCUGUUGCCACAUGCUCCGGGGCACGAUCGACCCGAAAGAGCCGCCCGUUUAUGAGUAUGUCAAGUUCAUCGGAAACUUUAAGUCCCUCAACACUGUGCCUAACUCAACACGUAACGGCUUUGAGGGAGUGAUCCAGCGAUCGCUGAGGCCCGCUUUUGAAGACAGAGUGUGUUUCAUAGCAACUGUGAGGUUAGCCAAACCUCAGUUUAUCAAGGAAAUGUGUACUGUAGAGGAGCCCAAUGAGGAAUUCACCUCCAGACACAGUUUAGAGUGGAAAUUCCUCUUCUUGGACCACAGGGCUCCCCCCAUCAUUGGUUACCUACCCUUUGAGGUUCUGGGUACUUCAGGGUACGACUACUAUCACGUGGAUGACCUGGAGACUCUGGCCAAGUGCCAUGAACACUUGAUGCAGUACGGUAAGGGAAAGUCGUGCUAUUACCGUUUUCUGACUAAAGGUCAGCAGUGGAUCUGGCUUCAGACUCACUACUAUAUCACCUACCACCAGUGGAACUCGCGGCCUGAGUUCAUCGUCUGCACACACACUGUGGUCAGUUAUGCUGAAGUGAGGGCUGAACAGCGCAGGGAGUUGGGCAUUGAGGAGUCGCCUCCUGAGAUCUCAGCAGACAAGUCUCAAGACUCCGGCUCUGAGUCCCAAUUAAACACCUCCAGCCUGAAGGAGGCACUAGAGCGAUUCGAUCGCAGCCGCACACCCUCUGCCUCAUCACGGAGUUCCCGCAAGUCCUCCUCACACACCGCCGUCUCGGACCCCACAUCUACACAGACAAAGCUGCAGACAGACCAUAGCACACCACCCCGCCAAUCAGUAUCUGCCAUUGAGAUGACAUCACAGCGGAGGUCCUCCAUUAGCAGUCAGUCAAUGAGUUCUCAGAACACAGGACAGACAAUGGCAACAUCUCUUGUGUCUCAGCCUCAGCAGCCUCAACCACUUCAGCCCACUGUGCAGCCAGUUAUCCAGUUUUCCACACAAAUGGAUGCAAUGCAGCAUCUCAAGGAGCAGCUUGAACAGCGAACACGCAUGAUUGAGGCCAACAUCCACAGACAACAAGUAGAACUGCGGCAAAUCCAGGAUGAGCUGCAAAGGGUUCAAGGGCAGGGCUUACAGAUGUUCCUGCAGCCAGGAGGCGGCAGUCUCAACCUCGGCUCAGUACAGCUGACGCAGGGAUCGUCCGUGCAGCCAGGGGGCGCUUUGUCCAUGCAGGGGGCUGUGGUGCCGGCGGGGAGCCUACAAAGCGGCCUGCAAUCCACACACACGGGGACACAACACACUGUCACACAGCAUCCUCAGCAGGCUCUGCCACAGCAACAGAACCUUCUCAGAGAUCAGAGCUCCACCCUUACUCAGCAGUCUCAGAGGUCGUCUCACACGUUGCAGUCUCCUCAGGGAGCACUGCCGGCAUCUUUGUAUAAUACCAUGAUGAUCUCUCAGCCGGCGCAGGCCAAUGUUGUGCAGAUCGCCACAAGCCUGGCCCAGAACAGCAGCCCGAGCGGAGCCGCGGUCGCCACCUUCUCACAAGACCGGCAGAUACGGUUCCCUGCUGCCCAACAGCUCCUCACUAAGCUAGUAACCGGCCCAAUGGCGUGUGGUGCGGUUAUGGUGCCUACCACCAUGUUCAUGGGGCAGGUGGUGACUGCCUUUGCCCCGCAGCAGGGCCAGCCUCAAACAAUCAGCAUCACCCAGCAGCCGCCUGCACAGACGCCGGAGCAGCAGGCUCAGACGCAGUCGCAGACAGCUACAGGAACAGCCCAACAGCAAGGACAGGUCCAGGCUCAGCUCACCCAGCAGCAAACACAAUUCCUACAGGCCCCUCGGCUUUUGCAUGGCAACCAGUCUACCCAGCUGAUCCUUCAGGCAGCGUUUCCUCUGCAGCAGCAAGGCACCUUUGCAGCUGCAACGCAACAACAGCAGCAACUGCAACAGCAGCAGCAACAGCUGCAGCAGCAACAUCAGCAACAGCAGCAGCAGCUGCAACAACAUCAUCAACAACAGCAGCAGCAGCUGCAGCAACAACAGCAGCAACAGCUGCAGCAACAACAGCAACAACAGCAACAGCAGCAGCAGCAACAGCUACAGCAGCAACUGGCAGCUCAUCGUUCAGACAGCAUGACGGACCGCUCCAACGCGCCACCUCAGUAGCUGACCGCACGUCAGGGACACAAAACAGUCUUGCAUGCUGGGGGGCUUCUGAGGGGGGUGUUUCAAGCUAAAAAAAAUAACAGUAUUUGUACUGUACCCUCUCAGAUACCCUUCCACUGCUUAUAGGUGAAGGGCCAGACCUAAUUGACCUAUUCCACCUAUAGGUAGUUGAUCGACGGCUGCUUGCGCUGAAUUCUGGGAGUGGUCCGACCACGAACGCUGAACUUAUCUGCUGGCUGGGAAAGGGAGCAGCGGCGCCUGGUUUUCCGCAAGCCGUCACCAUCACACACCCUUCGUCUCGUAUGCCCAGUGUGUGCCGUCAUCCCUCUUUCACAGGUUUAAUUUAUGCAGAACGAGUGCUUCAAGACUUCGAAGAAGUCCCCCAGGACAAACAGCACCUCUCUCUUUCUCUCCCUCUUUCCUCCUCAUUUUACUUGUCGAAGUAAUUAUGGGUCAGAAAAUAUUUUUAAGAAUGUUGUGUGGAUUCCACUUUUAUUGUACAGUUCACCUGUAAAAUAAUGUGUAAAUAUAUGGACAAAAGGAAAGAGAAACUAAUAUUUUAUAUGAUGCAUGAAAUGAAAAGCGUAGUCUGUUAUUUGUAGCUUUGAAUAUACGUUUUUUUUUUUUCUAAUAUUCAAAGGAAAAAAAAGCUAAACUUAAUACACAUAAUGGCUGAUCUCUUCACAGACUUCCUUUUUCCAGUGGGAUGGGGGUGAGUGUGUGUAUGUGCUUGCGCACGUGUUCGUAUGUAUGUGUGUCUGCCGAGCAGGCAAUGCUGGAUCCUCGGAUUGUGUCACAGUUUGUUAAAAAACUUCAUAUUUUUAGUAAAACUGUUAAAGGAACGGGCAAUCUUUAGAUGUUUUGCAUCUUGUUAUGCAGUAACACCUUAGUAAUUGCAAAAAUAUAGAUAUGAAUAUUUUAGAGACAUGUUUUACAUUUGUAAAUACUGUAAAGAGAAGGCAUCAGAUAUAGUAUAUCUUGCAGUUAGUCCAAAAUAUUAAUAUGGGGCUUUGACUGUUUAGCGUGGAAUCAUUACAGCUGGAAAUGUCCUCACGACGUUCGCUUUUAUGUAACAAUGAUAGUUACAGUACUCUGCUAAACUGGAACUGACGCUUAAAACAGCAGGGUUAUGAUGGGGGGAAAUAUAUUCACAUAGUGUGUUUGAAAUGAGCUCAAGGCUAAGCCAUAGCUUCCUCUAGUUUUGCAAUGGUUUACAUGGUUGUUUACACUGUUAUACAGUGUUUUCGGUAUGAUUCACUAUGUAGGUUUGAAUAACCAGAACCAAACCUGUUUAUCAUUUCGAGAUUUUCACAUAUUUGCACAGCUUUAAUGCAGGAGUACUUUCACUUGCCUUUUUUCGGGUUUCCGCACAUCGUCAAACGAUGACAUUUCAGUGAUAACGACUUGACUUUGCAAACUUCUUCCAUACUGAUAGACACUCUUGAAAAGCAGGAAUGUAUAGGUUCACUAGUACCUCUGUAAUGCUGACAUAGUCACUAGCAACUUUCUAGCCUCUUUGCCCAAAGCACAGAACACAAGCCUAGGGUUGACAAUCUGAUUCUGUUUAUUGACCCCAGUUGUAUUACGUAAUUAAAAUAUGCCAGAUUGUAGUUGAUUAAUUUGAUAUUUAAACUGUUUAACUGUCUUCAGGAUCUUGAGAUUUAUAUUUAUGCAUUGUUAGAAUUGCAGUCUCCUCAAAGUUGCUCGAUAAGACUUUAGCACUUAGCCAUAAUGAAUGUUCAAAAGUAAUUGUUAUGUUUUCCUGUAGGGUCAACAUUAAAAUUACGUUCAAUACGAUUAUAUAAAUAAAUAAUAAUAUAUUUAAUUUGUCAAAAAGAGAAGUUAUAGUUUUUAUUUUUUUUAAGACACCUUAACAUAUUUUUGGUCUCACUUUAUAUUGUGUUUUUAACUACUAUGCACUUAUUUACCCUUCCCUUACCACUUAACCCAAACUUUAAAUUGACCAUACUACCAAACCUGUCUCUAACCUAUCCCGUAUCUCACCUCAAUAGCAGACAAAAAAUACAACAUGAACACAAUAAGUACGUUUUAAUAAUAAACAUUUUGGUAACACUUUAUUUUAAUGUCAUUGUCACAUGUUGUAUGUUACAUGCAGUAAACUUUUCUAAUAACUAUAAAUAAUGCAUACUAAACCAAACCCUGACCCUAUAGUAAGUACAUGUACACUGUAAACAAAACAAAAAAAAUGUUGUUUCAACUUAAAAUAGUAAGAGUUUGCACUGGAUUACAUUUUUAAGUUUAGUCAACUCAAAUACCCAAGUUAUGGCAGCACUAACACUUACUUAAGUUUAAACAUUUUUUUUAUUGUGUAGUUGCUUAAUUUUACACUGUACUUAAAUGCAUAAUUACAGUGUAACAAAGACACCUUAAAAUAUAGGGUAACCAAAAAUAGUAGUUAAACGCAUCUAUAAAAUGUGACCAUUUCACAUUGUAAAAGCUGAGAGUAGCAGGUAGCACAGUUUUGACAGCUGUCAAAAUAUUGGUCUUGUGAGACAAGACCAUGUUAUUGUUUUAAUUAUUCUAUUCUAAGUCACAUUUUAGUGCACUAAUGAGCAAUAUUGCCUUUUAAGGUUAGUACAAGUAGACCGGUUCAUUCCAAUAUUUUCCAUAUCAGAAGUGCCAGUCUGAAUGUUCGGUUUGUGCGGGAUGUUGAAGCCUCCCAUACGGAGUGCUGGUCCAAACGCUGUUCAUUUUGCAGUUUCCACCCGAUAGAAUAGGGUUAUAUGAUAAUGCAGUAUGCAACUGAACUCAUCCUUUUGUUCGUUUACUCUUCAGGUCACUCCUAUAGUGUAUGACGGUCAUUAAUGUGCUGGUUAUGGUUUCUGUGGUCAUGUAGACUUCAUGGAUGGCUGUACAUUUCAAUGCCACAGACAUUUUGUGACCGAACGGCAUGGCUAGAAUGAGCAAGGUGAGAUUAUUGAUUGAAUGUAACUGUCAUUUAGCUUUAUAGUAACUUUUAAGUAGGAUUAUAUAUAUUAAAAAAAUAGAUAUUCUUAUUUUUCUACAGCAAGGUCAGAACAGAGAAUUUAUGCAGAUAGGCUAUAGUUGAUGUAUAAAACAACUGUUAUACACCUUUUGCACAGAAAGUGAACAGAAUAUCAAGCUUAUUCCACAUUGUAACCUCAAAUUAAGGAUUUAAACAAACUGUGACACACUGGAGGACCAGUUGAACUUUCUCCCCACAAUGCAGUUGGAUUCAGGAAGUUGAUUCAGUCUUUGUCCGAGUAAGAGAGGUCAUUGAUUUAUGCUACAGACUCCUAGUGAUGUUUUGGAGCAUUUGAAGGUAAUACGUUAAAAAAAAAAAGAGUAGUUUUUUGCUUAAAAAUUAAGACGACCAGUCUGGGUCACAAAUGACCUUCUGAUGCAUAGUGAAUCCUCUCACACUGGCAUCAGAUGUCAGUUGUUGACACAUGCAAUGAUGUUUUGGAAAUCAAGGGGUUGUUUUUCUGUUUUCUGCACUGAUUUUAUUAUGUCAGCCCUAAGGUUACAGAGAAAUACUACAGCUUCCUCAGGUUGUUUUAGAAUAAUCAAAUCCAACAUCAAUCUUGCCCCUUCUUUCUUUUCCUCACUUGUGAUAGUGACCUAUUCAAUAACUCACAUUCUUCUGCAUUUUCCAUAAAGAGCCACAAAAAAA